AUGUGUACAGGAAAUAACUGUACAUGUCAAGAAGGAUUUCGAGGUGCGUUGUGUACAGAGACGUGUGCGAACUGUCAGAGAUGUAAUGGAGACAGUUGUACAUGCAAGGCUGGAUUCCAUGGAGAUGGCUGCACCGCCCCCUGUCCCCUGCACUGCCUCUAUGAAGUAUGUGGUCUGGAGGGAGGGUGUACACGGGGUUGUGAAGUAGGGUGGUAUGGACGUUUGUGUGAAAAACAGUGCAAUAACUGUGUCAGAGAAGCAUGCUCAUUCAACAGGGUAUGUACAUCCGGGUGCAAUAGCGGAUGGUCUGGUGACAAGUGUGACGAAGCCUGCAAUGUCAGCUGUGAGGACGAACUGUGUUAUCGUAACGGAACCUGUAAAAGAUGCAAACCCGGUUUCCAUGGAGACAAAUGUUAUAGCCCCUGCAGCAGUCACUGUAGUAACCAGAGAUGUGACAGGAGUGGAACUUGUGAAUCUUGCAGAGUUGGAAACUUUGGGGAAAUGUGUGAGCGACAUUGUCGUUCCAACUGUAUGAACCAUGCCUGUGAAAAAAUGUCAGGAAGUUGUAUUCAAGGCUGUACCACAGGCUGGUACGGAGAUACGUGUCAUCUGGAAUGUUCCGACCAAUGUGCCUCAGAGUCCUGCCACAGAGAGACUGGUUCCUGUAAGUCUUGUAUGCAUGGAUUCAAAGGCUCCCACUGCAACGCUUCGUGUCCACAGUUCUGUACUAAAUGUGAACAAUAUGUUGAAAAAUGUCUCUCUUGUCAACAGCAACAUUUCGGCAAGAUGUGUGACAAACUUUGUUCAUCCGGAUGUAAUGGAGGCACAUGUCACCACCAAACUGGAAUAUGUUCACAAGGAUGUAUUGGAACUUCCUAUGGCCUUUACUGUAACAAUUCGUGCAGUGAUCACUGUGUCAAUAGAAACUGUCAUACAGUUAACACUGAUGUAGAUACGCCCCAAUGCACUGAGGUGUGUGAAGACGGAUGGUGGGGUGACUACUGUCACAACACGUGUCUACAGCACUGUGUGAGAUGUGACAGACAUCAUGACCAAUGUCUGGAGUGUGUAGCAAACAGAUACGGCGAGUCCUGUAACUUGACCUGUAACACUGCCUGCCUGAAGUCGCAGUGUAACAUGACAGGAGUCUGUAUAAACGGGUGUGAGGACGGGUUUUAUGGAAGCAGGUGUUCUGGAACAUGUCCCAUGGUGUGCAACACAUGUCUAUAUGAUGGUGCCUGCCUUACUUGUCCUGAUGGCUGGACGGGAGAACACUGCAAUGAACAAAGUUCACAUCGUCGCCAGAUAUGGAUCCUUUCUGCUGCGGUUGUUGUUUUGGUCUCUCUUGUUAUCAUCAUGGCCGUGCUCUUCCUUAAGCGGUACGCAGUGAACGGUUCGGGUGGGAUAUACAUGUCACCUGUACAAAACGAUCUGGAAUCAAGAUCCGAUGACAUCUCGCUGGAAGAGCUUGGUGGGUCACGUGACAGUGAUUACCGACAUUAUGAAAUGAUUCAAUCAUCGGCUGGUACAGAUGAAGAUGACGAUUCGCCUGAUGUAGUUGAAGCUGCAGAUCAGAGACGCUAUGAGACGCUGGGGCCAUCCGAUGACGCCACACGGUACACACAUCUGGUGUCAUUUGUUGAUUAGAUUCAGGCUUGAUUGAAAUACAUUCUGUAUGUGUAUAUGCUGUAUGUAUAGCUUUGCACUUUAAAACUUUAAAAAGUAAUUGGUUGCUUGGAUGUGUCGUGUAGUGCAUUAUGAUUACAAGAUUUCUCUUUUUAGCGAGCAGAUUAUGUUUGUGCAAAGUGUGACACACUCAGCAUUUAGAAAUAUGCUUAUUUGUUUGUUUCGUUACUUGGCGUGUGUGCAGUUAUCUCCCUUACACUGCACUUGCUUAAACUGGAACUUCCGGUUUCAAUCAAAUAUCCUCCUGGUUUCAGUGUGGCUGGUUUUGGGAUUUCGACUUCCUUUUCUGUUUGCUCUCUCUUGUAUCAUAUACCCUGUGAUAUAUCACUGAACUAUUCAGAAAAUAUAUUUACCCUUCUUUAUAACUAUUCACAAUUCUACAUGCUGUGAACCUGUACACAAGACGUUAUUCUGUACAAAAUGACACUGGCUUGUCCAAACACGAGGCGCUGUAUAAUCCUUAGUUUUUUGUCAGCACUCUGUUUAAUCUAUUAAUGUAGUGUCACAUACUGUCAAUUGUUUCAGUAAAUGUAUUGUAACCUGUUACUCACAUGUUAAUAAUUGUGUAUUAAUAUUUAUGUUGUCCAAUGACAUCCAUGUUGUUGUCCAGGAAAUCCGAAUAAUGUGUAAUCUUUUAUUUCUGAGUCACCCUGAAUCAGGCCUCAGUAUGAGUGAGUGAGUGAGUUGGGUUUAACGCUGCUUUGAACAGUAUUCCAGUUAUAUCACCGCGUGUCAGCUUUGACGUUUACCACUUUGGUGAAACCCCAAGCACGGUAUGGUGCUGACAAACCCGGACACGGGACGAGCCCAGAUUCGAACCAGAUUAUGGCGUGCCCAAGGGACGCAACUCUGCACAGCAUGUAGGAGCCAGUGUAGACUUCCGACCUACGCCUGACAUUAUGCCAUUAUGAUUCAGACAUCCAACAGCGUUCUCCUCUUAGUUCUUGUACAGUUAUCUCCCUUACACUGCGCCUCCAAACAGAUAUAGAAUUUUGGUUGUCAAAUGAAUUAUCCUUCAUUUUUGUUAUAUUAUGUGGAUUUCAUCAUGGCUGUUUGUAUAGUAUCAAUAUCGUUUUCUUCGGGCUUCCCUUCAAUCGAAUUCUUUUUCAUGAAAUGCUCUGAGGCCACAAAUAUUUUAGUAACUUCGAUGUACCCAUCAUGUUGUUCAAAAAUCCAAAUGUUUCAUGCGCUGUUAACGCUCUUCUAUGCAAAAUGACACCGGUUACCCAAACACCCAUGUUCAAUCCCCAUGUUAUUGUUUAUUGUCGGACUUGGGUAUAUCUGUACAUUGACCUCUGUACUGUGUAUAUAUGCGCAGCUUAUGUAAAUAAAAUGUCCGUGAAGUCCCCA